CCGCGUCGCAGACCUGCACCAAUGGUUUAUUUUUGGGACGACAAGGAGGCCGUGUGCUAUCGCCUCUAUGUCGAAGAGCGGAAGAGCUUGGAGGAAGUCAUAGCGUAUUGGGAGGUUCGGGGGUUUACUCCUAGUAAGCGGGCGUUCCAGACGCAGUUCAAGCGAUGGGACUUUCCGAGCAAGCAGAACCCAGCGCACAAGAACCCCGCUCUCGUCGCACGGCUCCAACAACUAUGGGAACAGAAUUGUACUCAGAAGGAGAUGAUAGAUAUCCUGCAGGCUGAGGGUUUCGACAUCAACGACCGCGAACUGCUCCGUCUGCGGCUCAGACUCAAGCUUUUACUCAGAGAGCGCGUCUCCAGGCCGAAAAAGGCACCGACGACCGAUGGGCGAAUACAGAAGAAGAAGGCAAAGAAGAAGGUAUCCAAGGUUGUACCUGGCAAAGGCCUCAUAAAUCAGCUUGGAAACGCAAUACUGGCAGAGGGGUCUUCAAGCGAGGAUGAGAGCGGGGAAGAGGAGCAAGUUGACGAUGGGUCUGCGGAACAGUCGGAAGAAGCGCGACCUAUAAUCCCUGAACCUGACACUGUUGGCUUGAGCCCAGAGGAGGUGCUUCGGAAACAAUUACGACAGCAACAACUGCAGGCUGAGAGCGACGAGAAAUGGCGCACGCGGAAACGACGAAGACGAACCCGCGGUUGGGCUGGGCUGCCCGCAGAUGCGCCUGGCGAGCCUCCUCGAUUUCCGUCCGAGACGACCAUUGACGAAGCGAAGGCGUACCUUUGUCUUAAUAACAACAUGUAUCGCGAGUUACGAGAGCGUUUUCUCGAUAUCUGCAACGCCGAGGAGGUCGUCAAGAAGACGAUUGCUGGUCCUGAGAAGUGGGCGCAGAUUGUACAGCAGCUUAUCAAGGAAAAUACACAUUUGACAGAGGUCUUCCAGCAGGAACCUGAAGUGCUACAGAAUCACGAUGCGCUGUUUCGACCAAAAGGCCAGCGGGCCUUGUCGCUAGAUGUCAUUUGCAUGGAUGUUACGAAGCGCCUACGAACCCUGAAUACACGGAUGAGCCUCGCCGACGCGAAGAACAUUCUUGGUCUCAACCCCGAGCAAACGAGACGCGUACGAAGCGCCUUCGCUGAGAAACUGAGAGCAGCUCAUUUUACGAACAAACUCGAGGCGGGUGAAACACAGUGGACAGAAUUGAAGCAGGCCUGGGUCAAUGAGUCUGAGCAUUUAGUAAAGGCGCUCUCGCAAGGCGAAAACGACCCAGACUAUGCACGGAAACUAAGAGCGCUCGAAGUUCUGGCUCGAGACGUCACGAAGAGACAGCAACAGGAGAACGCAGCCAAAGAUCCAAAUAAGAAGCGACAGGCCCAUCAAGGACCAGGACCAGGACCUGCACCGCCCGUUGUCGCUCCUCAUUCCACAACACUGAGCACCAAGGAGCGCCCACAUGCAAACGUCACUCGUAACGAACCACCACAAACAUCCUACCCCACCGCCCCUUCAGACCUCCAAAUCGACCCCUCCCUCCUCCUAGCCGCCAGCGACGCCUCCAUCCUCCCCACUCCUGACUACCCAUCUCAACCUCGCUACCAACCCCCUCAAUACCAACCCGCCUCCCACUACCAACACACAUACUACCCCCCCUCAAAUACCACCACCGCUUCCUCCCCUCUCCCAAUCUACUUCCGCCUCCACCCACACUCCUCAACCCCUUUACCCACAAAAUCCCUCUGGCUCUCCAUCCUACACUCCCCUUCUGUAUCCGAACUACAUAACCUGGCUACCCGCGAACACCCGGGUACAGAAGUACGCAAGUUGGAGGGUCUGAUAGCGUAUAAGGGGGGCGCGGAGGGGAGAGAGGUUGGCGUGCAGAUUACAGAUGAUGAGGAGUUGAGGGCUUAUUUGGGGGUUGUGAGGGGGGAGAAGGGAGGGGGACGGGAAGGCGGGAAGGCGGUGUUUGUUGUGUUGCUUGGGAGUGUGGAGGGGAUGGGGGUGGGGUAUGUUUAG